AGUGGCGCUUGCCCAGUGAUCGGAGCGAAGUGGGCGGAACCGGAGCAGUCAGCGCUGGGGACCCACGUGUGUAUGUCCGGUGCGAAGAUGAAGAUGAAGCGGAGACAGAAGAAUGGCCAUGCCGCAGGAGAAGCCUUGCCUGAAGCUGUGGAAGAGUCGAAAAAGACCUCCGCGCCGAAGCAGAAAGGGAAGCGGGCUGCCAAGAGACCAUCGAAGGCUAAAAACCCGAACCCGGCCAAGAUGAAGAAGUCCGACCUCAACAAGCCAAUGACUACAGAGGAACUGAUCAAACUGAAAGAGGCGGAGCAAACCUAUCAUACCAGCCUCCUGCAUAUGCAGAUUGAAGAGCUUCUCCAGGAAGUGAAGCUGAAGGAGAAGCGGAGAAAAACCAUUGAUGACUUUCUAAAGGAGAUCAGCAAUCUCAUGGAGAAGAUCCCCGAAUCCCCCGAGAGAGAUCUGGUGGACCAGACCUGGCUACCCAAAAACGUGAAGGUUCCCUUCCUGCAGGCCCCCUAUCAAGUGAAGGGCAAGUUCCAUUUCCGUCCUCCGACCUCCAUCAAAGUGGUGGGCAGCUACCUCCUGGGAACGUGUAUAAAACCCGAGAUCAAUGUGGACCUCGCUGUCACCAUUCCACAGGAGAUUCUCCAGGAGAAAGACAACCUGAACCAGCGCUACCUGCGGAAGAGGGCGCUCUACCUGGCACACAUGGCUCACCAUUUGUCACGAAGCAAGAUGUUUGGCAGCGUAACGUUUGCCUACAUGAACAGCAACCACUUAAAGCCCCUGCUCCUGCUGAGACCCCAAGGUAAAGAUGAACAAUUGGUGACCGUCCGCGUCCACGUCUGUCUUCCUUCCGGGUUCUUCAAAUCCAGCCGCUUCUCCCCAAACAAGAACAAUGUGAGGACGGCCUGGUACAUGGAGGAGAAGAGUAACCAGGACGAGGGCACCAGUGAGCCUCCCACCCCACACUAUAACAACGCUGUUCUGUGGGAUCUGGCUUUGGAGCAGCAUUUUCACCACCUCUCCAGUUGCAUCACCGACUUCCCUGGCAUGAGAGAUGCCAUUUUCAUUCUCAAGGUGUGGCUGCGCCAACGGCAGCUUGACAAGGGUUACGGCAGCUUUAACGGCUUCAUGGCGUCGAUGCUUGUUGCGUAUCUACUCUCCAAGAACAAGAUUACUCGAACGAUGAGCGGCCAUCAGGUGCUGAGGAUCACGCUGCAAUUCUUGGCCAACAACGACCUGACAGUUGAUGGAAUAACAAUGUGCAGAUCAAGCGGUAUGUCCCUGCCCUCCAUUGCUGAUUUUCACCGGGCGUUUGAAGUUGUUUUUGUGGAUCCUCUGGGAUUGGUGAAUCUGUGUGGCGAUAUGACAGCUGCAAAGUACAGACAGAUUCAGUUUGAAGCAAAAGAGUCUCUGAGGUACCUGGAUGACACAAGGACCAAUGGCUUCCUCCUGCUCCUCAUGGUCCGCAAACCUUUCAUUAGGACAUUUGAUCACGUCUUUCAUAUCACACACGUGGCUAAGCUACAGGAGACGUGUACGAAGAUGAAUCUUCAGACCGAGCUGAUGGAUCGCGGAGGAGAUUACGUAUCCACCUCUCUGCCCUUCAUACUGCCUGUGCUGAAGAGAGGUCUGGACCAGAGGCUGCUUCUUCUGUCCCACACCCUGCCCCACAGGCCAGAGUGGAAGAUCACAGAGGAUCCUGCAAAGCACACGGACGUUGGCACGCUGUCAAUAGGCCUCCUGCUCACGUCGGAGUUUUACACCAGCGUCCUGGAGAAAGGACCUGCUGCAGACAGUCCGGAGGCCGUGGACUUUAGGAAGUUUUGGGGAACAAAAUCGGAGCUCCGGAGGUUCCAGGAUGCAUCGAUCUGCGAGGCGGUGGUGUGGCCGGCGGACAAUGUGCAGGAAAAACGCCGGAUUCCGGAACUCCUCGUCAAACACCUUCUGCAGCUACAUGCCGAGCUGCCGGAGUCGGCCAUCAGCUACACAGGAAAUCUUCUGGACUGCACACUUACCAGGGGGAAGAAGCCUGGUACAGGUGAGGAGCAGAUGGCCAGUGUCAUCCAGUCCUAUGAUGACCUCAGCAGGAAGCUUUGGAAUCUGGAGGAUUUACCACUUACCAUCACUGCGGUGCAGGGGACGCACCCAUCACUCCGCUACACAGAUGUUUUUCCUCCUCUUGUUGCAAAACCAGAGUGGGCCUUUUUUAAGACUGCGAUGGAAAGGAAGUCUCUGGUCCCAUUGGUGGAUAAGCCCAGCCCAGCCUAUGUUUCCCCUAUAAAGGUGAUCUGUCAUAUGGAAGGAAGUGGGAAAUGGCCACAAGAUAAAGACGCCAUUAAGCGAGUGAAGGCCGCUUUCCAGAUCCGGCUGGGCGAGCUGCUGAAGGAGCAACACGAUCUACUGUGCCGACCUACCGCUGCUUUCACCGAUGUGUACAAGGACGGCUAUGUUUUCCGUCUCCAAGUUGCGUAUCAUCGAGAGCCGCAGUUUAUGAAGGAGUCCAUCACUCCGGAGGGGAUGCUGAAGUACCGCGACACGGAGGAGUCACUGCAGCUGGAACUGGAGACCAUUCACCUGACACAGCUGACGAGCACGCUGCACGGUCUCCACCAGCAACUUCCUGCCUUCGGAGGGACGUCGCGCCUCGCCAAGCGCUGGAUUCGGGCGCAGCUGCUGUCGGACAGCCUGUCGGAGGAAUGUGUGGACCUUCUUGUGGCUCAUCUCUUCCUACAUCCAGCUCCAUUCACUGCACCAAGCUCCCCCCAGGUGGGCUUCCAGCGCUUCCUCAACCUCUUGGCGACAUUUGAUUGGAAGAACAGUCCGCUGAUUGUGAAUCUAAAUGGGGACCUGACAGAUGAUGAGAUGAAGGAGAUUCAGGAUGGCUUUUCGGCAUCUCGUGCCCAGUUACCGGUCAUGUUCAUUGCGACACCAAAGGAUAAGAAAGAAUCAGUGUGGACCAAGAAACAGCCAAGCGCUCAGAUUUUACAGCGAUUAAUAGUCCUGGCUUCCGAGUCUCUACAUGUGCUGGAGGAGCAGCUGAUUAAACCGGCUGAGAAGACCGAUAUUAAGGUAAUCUUCCGGCCUCCCCUGGACCUCUAUGAUGUGCUGAUCCACUUGAACCCCAAGCAUGUUCCCCGGCACCGAGAGGCGGUGGAUCAGGCCGCCAAGUCGUUUUCCCGCGGUCUCCUGGAGGAGGGCGCUCAGGUCAAGGCCCUGAAGUUCCCCGUGGUGGAUUAUGAUCCGGCUCAGUUAUACCUUCAAUCUCUCAGGGACUCUUACGGGGAUUUCGCUCUCUUCUUCUACGAUGAACACGGAGGGGAUGUUGUUGGCGUUCUAUGGAAUCCCUCCAGCUUCGCACCGCAGUCCUUUAAGACCACCAAUAUUAACGGGCGGAUGAUCGACAGCAAAAGCUCAUUACUGGUCCCCAAUGUGGAGGCCAUUCUGGAGGAUUUUGAGAUUCUGGGUAAAGGCUUGGUGCUGCGUGUAGAGUCACGGACAGAGAAAUGGAACAUCUGAUCGAUCGAUCGAUCGUUUUCCACAACUGAGGACCACGUUAUCCUUUUUGCAUCGUCCACAACAAGCGCAGAGGAGCGACAACUGAGAAAAGCUUCGUUGGAAAUCAUUGGAAAAAUAUUUUUAUACCAUUUAAAGUGAAACUGUAGGAAAGACUGAGGACGAGUGUGUGAAAUAUUUUGUAACAAAUAUAUAAAACAUUUUAAAAUGAACUUUUUUUUUUUAAUAAUCGUCAUUCCUGUGAGAAUGUUGAUAAAGUUUUCUGUACAGGAAUUUCAUAGCGGCCAAUCCGAAUCUUUCACGGCACCAAUUUCGGUGUACUGAGUUCUUCUUGCUUGCUGUAGAAGACCAUGCUGCCCACUGUUGUAAUAAAUGUCUACAAGUCAUUUUUUUUUUUGUCUAGUAGAUUAAAGAGGAAAUUUAUAUUAA